UCACACGUUACAUCGGUUAACCUAAGUAGUAAUAAAAGAAUUUUGUUAAAAUAUUUAUAAAACUUAACGCGUUACAGACUUUAUUAAAUAUUAUAUAAAUAAUAUAUAUGUUAAAAUGUAUAUAAUUUGAAUUCAUUGUGAUUAUGUCAUAAUACAAUAUACCACUUUUGAAAAUACACAUUUCAUACGUAAUUAUAUAAAUUAAUAUUUUUUAUAUUAAUUUAUAUACAUAUACAUAUAUAUAUAUAUAUAUACGUAUAUUUAUAACAUGUUGUCUUUAAAUUCAAAUUGUUUUAAUAAUGCACUCAGAACAUUUCCGUAUUGGAGAUUAAGUUCGUUAUUAAGUACAAAUGUAGUGAGUCCUGAAACAAGUAAUAUAACUAAGUUGGACGAUAAUGUCAGUCAGGAUGAUCAAAAAUAUAUAAAAAAGGAUGAAGUAUUAAAAAAUGGAGGAAUUCAACAAGCAAAAGCAUCACAAACAUCUACUCCUGUAAAUAUAUCUAAAGAAAAUAUUAUUUCAAGUAAUUCUUUAAAUGAACGAAUUAGUCAAGCAAAAAAUGCAAAAGAUUUAAUAUCCCUUAUGAACAAUUCAAAUAUAACAACUAAUCAUAUUAAAGAAAUUUUACAUCAAAUUUCUAAUAUAAAAAUUGAUGUAAAAGAAAUGAAUAUAUCUAAUAUGGUUAAUAAGACGAAUGAAAAUUUGAAAGAAAUAUACGAUAAAAAGAUAAAAUUCAGUAAUAAUCCUGGAUUUUUAUCAUUAGCAACACCUAAAUUAAUUCAGAUACUAAAAAAAUUAUCUUAUACCAAUGACAGAAAUAUACCUUUAUUAAAAGCAUUAUCGCUUAACAUUGCUCUAUAUAGCGACCAAUUAAAUAUUAGAAUGUGCGGAGACAUUUUAUAUAGUUUGGCCAUUCUAAACUAUCCAGAGGAGAGUUUAUUAGAAAAAAUAAUGUCUACUUUACUUAAAGAGAUAAAUCGUAAUGAUUACGGACCUAUUGUUAGUUCUAUAGUAAACUCCAUACGAUUGCUUAAGUAUAAAAAUCACGAAGUUCUCGAUAACAUUUUUAUAUGGGCCAAUAAUAAUAUCGAAAAAUUAAGAUUCCAAGAUUUUACAGCUAUUUUAAAAUGUUUAGCUACAUUUGGUUAUAUCCCUAAAAAUAUGGAUAAUUUACAAGUAUAUAUAAAUACAUUAAACCAAAAGAAUACAUCAUCAAAUAAAGAGUUGUGGCUAGAUUAUGUAUGGUCUUUGACAAUUUUAAAUAGAGUAACAACAGAACAUGUUUCAUCUGUAUUGAAUAAAAACUUUGUUGAAUCUAUUUUAAAUGAAUCUAGAAAUCAGAAUAUAAUAAGAACACUUAAGCUAUUGAACAUUAAUGCUAGCGCAUAUAACAUUCUGAAAGAUUAUAAUGGUCCUUAUCUUGAAGAUAAAAAUGAUGUAUUUUCCAUAGUUAUGGAAAAUAAAAAACAAAAGCAAGAACUUGUUGAUAUGUUGGAUGAGACAUUGCAAGAAAUAGCACCCUCUUGUUUUCAAAUGAAUAUAAAUACUAAAAUGGGUUUCAAUAUAGAUGCGGAAUGCUGUCUGAAUUCUAAAAAUAAGUUUGUAAAAUAUAAUGAUGAAAACUUAAAGAAUUCAACAAAUACGAGGUUAGCAAUAAUGGUACAUUCUUAUCAUGAUUACUCACGAGGAGAAGAAGACAUUUUAGGAAUAGUAAAUUUUUAUAAUAAUGUAUUAAAUGCUCAAGGUUAUAGAGUUUUGAAUGUAUCUUAUCAAAAUUUUAGUGUAAAUGAUAUACUUCUAAAGCGUAUAAAAUAUUUAAAUGAUCAGAUCAAUUCUGUAAAAACAUCUGCAAUGUGAUGAAGUGUAAUAAAAGAACACAAUACAAUGGAAAUAAAAUAAAUAAUUAAUUUAUUAUGUUA